AUGCCGCGAGGCGCCGGAUCUAACAGGCGUACAACAGGAGCAGAAGAUCCAGUUCAGCUGCAAACAGCACUGCAAGUAAGCCGGUCUGAUUCCAGCUACCCAAAACAUCAGCUGUUGAAGUUCACCGUUUCUGUGGCUAAUCCACGUUGGGGCAGCCUGACUGGAUACAAAGGGCGCCUCAGCCGGCAGCGUUUCCACCCGGGGUAUUUAAUUUGCAGGGGGACACACAUGGCUCUUGCAAUGGCUGAAACACGGCUGACAGUCUGGCCUGUACCAGACUUCACGGGCAGCAAGAGCAGCUCAGGCUACCAGUUAAAGAUCCUUCAGCAACAGCUGGAAUCCUUUAAGACUCUUCGGCAACAGAUUCUGGAGAAUGUUAACAUGGUACAGUCUGAAAUUAGUGAGAUACUAAAUAAAAAUAUAAUUGAAAUGAAAACUCCACAGUGUAGCUCAGACAAGAUACUGAUGAUUAGCACACCAAAUGAUGUAUCUCUGCCUGCAGAAAAUCCUGAAUCACCAUUUUCUAAGAAAAAAGUUCAUCAUGAUCAACAACCCUGUACUGAUGAGCAUGUGGAAGCAAAUUCCCAUACUGGAAAUACGGUCAGUGAUAUAAAAAUUUCACAUAGUAUUUCACUGAAAACCAUAGCAGCUGGAAAGGUAGAAAAUUCAGAAGAUCUAAUGGGAAACACAACAAUACUUGCACUAAAAAAUGAAUAUAAACGCCAUUUGCUACCUGGCACUGAAUUGGAGACAGGAAGCUUGAAUGCUGCCCAUGAAAAGGUAAUUUUGAAUGAAUCUAAACUUUCCAUACUUUCUCCACAAAAUGGCAAAGAAUUUUAUGUAACAGACAACAUUAACUAUCCCAACAAGUCAUUGAAACAAGAAUUUCAAAACCCAGUCAUUUCACUUAAAGAAAAGGGCCUACAUUUUGAUCAAGAAUUUUAUGAAGACUCCAAAUGUGUUAACACGUGGAGUUCUUCUAUAACAAUAUGCAAUGAACAAGCAGAAUCUGAAAGCAAAAAUGAACAUAAAGAAUUUAGAAGCAAUUAUAGUAAAGGUGACAGUUUCCAGGUUAAUUUUUUUUCCAAAAUGGUAAAAGAUGAGUUAAUAAUGGUUGAUCAUAAAGAGCAUCUAGAAAAAGAACAACAACUGAAUAUUAUAAAUCAAACAUUACUGAGGUUUGAAGAUCAGAAGUUCGGUGAAAUCAAAGUAGCCUGUGAAUAUGAUGAGAAAACUGAAGUGUUGCAGAAGUCCCUGAAAAACUCUGAGCAUUUGCAAAACAGAGUACAUGAUCUUGAGAAUAAAAAUUUAGCUCUCAAGAACAAACUGAAACCUCUUAAUAUUACCAUACAGUCUUUGAAAGGAAAAAUUUCAAAAUACAAUAAGCAAAUUCAGGAUUUAGCUGAAGAAAAGAAAAGGAUUCAAAGCCAGUUAGUUAAAUCAGAAGAUGGCAGUAAGGAACAUAUUAAGGAAAUAAAGAAGUUGUUAAGAAAAUGUAAAGAACUCCAGAAUCAGACAAAAAUCCUUGAGGAAGACACAAGUCAACUCGAUAAUGGAAGUCAAUAUACAAUACAGGCACUACAAGAUUUUCAAAUUACGAAUCAGAAAGUAGAGGAAGAGAUGACUUUUGUUACCUGUGAAAAAGAAAGGCUCAAUGCAAUGCUAGAGUCCUUGCAAAAGGAAUGUUUCAUGUUACAAGAAACAAAUAAAAAACUUGAGAUGGACACAUCCGAGCUUAUGAAAGAAAAGAAUUCCCUAGAAGGAGAGCUUGAAAGAAAUCAGAGUGAAAUACAGCAAAUGAAAGAAAAAGAAACAGCAACAAAAUCUGAACUGGAGACCCUUCUUCAGUUAAUGCAGACACUGGAAGACAAAAAUCUUAACCUUGAAAUAACCCUGCAGGAAUGUUCUAAUACUAAACAGAUGCUGCAGAAGGACUUUGAGAAAGUCCAGUCAGAUAAAGCUCAUAUGGAAAAGAAACUCAUGACUGAACUCAGAAAUGCAAAAGCAGAUAUUGAUCUUUUAAAAUCAAAUUUGACCAGCAUGGACAGAGAACGUGAGAGGUUAUCAAUGGCAGUAACUAAUAUCACAGAGGAAAAUCAGUUACUUAAGAAGGAGCUUCAGGAAUAUAGACAAGGAGCUUCCAAAUAUGAAAGUGACAUUAGAAAACUGACUGAAGAAUGUUUGCUAUUAGAAAAUCAUCUGCGGACUGUUGAAAAUGAGAGAGAUGUAUUACAGUUUGAAUUCCGCCAUCUGCAUAAGGAUUAUGCUUAUCUCCGGGGCCGAGCUACAGAUCUAGUCCGCGAGCAGAGGAAACGUGGUUAUAGUUCUGGUAUCAGGCAAGAUAACUGUUACUCUGAUUAUUCCACUAAAAUUUGCAAAGAAAUUUCGGAUUCAAAGUCUACAGCUUUGGAAUGCCAGUCACAAGAUUCACAACAGCAAAUCCUUACACAAUGUAAGUGGUCAACAUAA